UGUGGGUGGGACGGGAUGAACAUCAGCGCUACCGAGGCGGGGUCGUGGGUACCCGGCCCGGCGCUGAGUCGCCCGGCGCAGCCUGAGCCCGGCGGCGAGUAGCGGGGCCUGCUGAAGGCCCACGGCUGCCGGGAUGAGUAAACAAGAAGAGGCGGAUCGGACGAUAUUUGUGGGGAAUCUGGACAGCGGCACCCGGGAGGAGAUCCUGUACGAGCUCUUCCUGCAGGCUGGUCCAUUAACCAAGGUACACAUUGCAAAGGACAAGGAUGGCAGACAGAAGACCUAUGGGUUUGUCUGCUUCAAGCACACAGAGUCCGUGCCGUACGCCAUCACCUUGUUAAAUGGGAUCCGGUUAUAUGGCAGGCCGCUGAAUCUACAGUAUCGAUCUGGAAGUUCCCACACAGCAGACGCCAGUGUGCCAUACCCAGGAGCAGACAGCACACUUUGUCGGACACCACAAGACAACUGCAGAGAAAAUGCAGUACAGGCAGAAAAUAAGGUGCAAGGUCAUAACGAGUGGAUUGUGAGGAGCCCUCAAUUCCCAGAUGGACCAAGUUCUUCGCUGUUUCUCACACCACCAUACUCCAUGAGCAACAGCUUCAACAACCCUGACCCCUACUAUUGGCAAGCUAUGAUGAAUUCCUACGCACUGCAGCAGUAUCACCUCCAUUCCCAGAUACUUCAACAACAGCAAGGAUACUACCAGCCGUUUUCCCAGCAGGUCAGAGCACCGAUGCCCCCGAUCCCCUACUACGGCCAGCCACAGAGCUUCACGGCCAGGCCCGGCCCUCCUGUGCAGGACAGCUGGCCAUCACAGGACCCCGACCACGGGAGCGGCCGCGACAGUGCAGGAGGCAAGAGUGUGGGUUCGGACUCCGACAGUGACAGCAGAGGCCAAGCGUUCCAGAGCUUUGGCAAGCAUGUGUACAGGAAGCACAAAUCCAAAAAGAAGAAAUACUGACAGUGGGAGAAGGGCUGGUCUCGGAGGAGACAUUUAAGCAAUCCAGCUGCUUCAACAGACACUGACUUAAGCUAAACACUCUGAUGUUGUUGGACUAGGUUGCAUUGGUUGUAUGGAACUGUACAAAAGUCUUAGGCACCUAUGUAUAGCUAGGGUUCCUAAAACUUUCAAACAGUUCUGUACGAAGGCAGGGUUAAUUUGGCAAAGGAGAGUGAGCAUCACUCACACACGGACAGCCACAGUGUUGUUACUGGCUUGAAGGGAAGUGUGGGAAUCAUCUGGUUGGCCAGGCCACUUAUAUGGUUGAAAUCACAUCUCUCCAGUCUUGGAGCGCAGCUAGAAAUAUAUAUUGGAGCUGCAGCCUGCUGUUGUUACUACGACUACAUUCAUGAGAGAGAUUUGAAUGAAUGAAUUUAAGAGCAAGAUACACAAAAUGCUGGAGGAACUCAGCAGGUCAGGUAGCAUCGAUGGAAAUGAAUAAGCCUUUCAAGGUCGACACCCUUCAUCAGGACUCAUGAAGUCUCAGCCUAAAACGUCGACUGUUUAUUAAUUUCCAUAGAUGCUGCCUGACCUCCUGAGUUUCUCCAGCACUGUGUGUGUUACACUCUGGAUUUCCAGCAUCUGCAGUAUCUCUUGUGUUUAAGAGCGAUGCCCGAGCAGUGUAUUAUAGAUCUCGCUGUUGCAUUAGUCCAGGGUGUGAUAUUCCUUCUGGUGGGACUAAAUGAGUGUAACCAGCCCUUGCACUUGGCCAAGCAGAGGGGUAAAAAGGCACCCAUUUUGUGCAAUUGGUACUGUACAUUUGAAAGCACUGUGUACUGUGUCCCUGUCUGUCCCUGAUUCUCAGUACCUCCAUACUGCAAACACCGAACUGCCGGGUUUACUCAUUAAAUCUGAAUUAGCUGCAUGUUUGUCACCUUCAGAAAUUAAAUAUUAUUGCUCUCAGAUCAGUCCUCAUGUUUUAAAAAGGUGCUAAUGUUCCUUGUACAUUGAAAGCCCCAGACAGAGCAGAUGUGGAGAGGAUGUUUCCUAUGAUGGGGAGUCUAGGACCAGAGGGCACAGCCUCAGAACAGAGGGAUGUCCAUUUAGAACAGAGAUGAGGAGGAAUUUCUUUAUCCAGAGGGUGGUGUAUUCACUGACACAGGUGGCUGUGGAAGCCAAGUCCCUGGGUAUAGGUUCCUGAUUAGUCAGGGUGUCAAAGGUUAUGGUGAGAAAGCUGCAAAAUGAGGUUGGAGGGGGAUAAUAAAUCAGCCAUGAGGGAAUGCCAGGGCAGAUGUGAUGGGCUGAAUGGUCAAAUUCUGCUCCUCUGUCUUAUGGUAUUGAUGAAGAGCACUUCCUUAUUCAACUAAUUGUCAUUCAACCAUACAUGAAUACAGCCAAAUGAAACUGUGUUUCUCUGGAGCCAAGGCGCAAAUCACAGUACCAACAGCACACAGCACAUAUAAUUAUGAUAGCAGAAAACCGUGCAGUCAAAAAAAUUAACGUCAGCCCAAGUCUGAGAGUGACAUGGCCGUAAAAUGUUGAUACAUGGGAUGUUGCCGCGGUUCAGCCUGUUCUUCCACUAAAUGACCUCCAGAGGGCAGCACCAAGCAGACACUUGAUUGUCCAUUGAGGUGUAAUCCAGCCAUUUGCCCAAAACUGAAGGAGGGCAUGAUGAAAGGCCACAGCUCAGCAUCCUCCCACUGGUCACUUUGCUUCACAGCACCCUCUUCACCAAUUUGAAGAGGAACACCAAGUCCCCAACCUGACGAUGUGAACAUCAAUUUCUCCAGCUUCCAGUAACCACUCUGCUCUGUUCUCCCCCACCCCCCUUAUCCCUUAACACGCUGACCCCACCCUCUCGAUCUGCCCAUCAACCACACUCCAGUUCCCCUCCUUACCUUUCUUUCUUUAUUAAUCUUUUUGUUGAUUUAAAAGGAGCAUAAAUAC